GUAGGUUGUCAUAAAAAUGGUUGGGGCAUAAGGUUCUCCAACAAAUAUACAGACUUAACAGCUAACAACUUCAGAUUGGGAUGGAAGACAAAGCCAUGUGAUCCUUCAAAUUCUUAUGUCACUUGCCAACCCAACCAUAUUUUCUUCCAUCCAUUUCUUUCCACAUUCCAAAUAUUUUCCUAUCCACCACUUCAAAUUUCAUCUAUAUAUAGAGACACUUCCAUACUAUCCCAUAAACAAAUCAACUCUUCAUCAUCAUCUUUACUAAAUCUUUUCUUCGAGUUAAUUUUCAACUUCAAGCUCUUUCAACAGUGUUAAUACAGACUCUUAAACAUGGCUAUCCAAUUUCCUAGUAUUAUGCAUGCUAAGCAGAUUCUCCGACGAGGACGUUUUCUUGCAAACGGAGCAGCUUCAACAUCUUCAGUGGGUGUUCCAAAAGGUUUCUUGGCUGUGUAUGUUGGAGAAAGCGAAAAAAAGAGAUACAUGGUUCCAAUUUCAUUCUUGAGUCAGCCUUCAUUUCAAGAGUUGCUAAGAAAGGCAGAGGAAGAAUUUGGAUUUGACCAUCCAAUGGGUGGACUCACAAUCCCUUGCAGAGAAGAAAUCUUCAUUAAUCUCACUUCUCAGUUGAAUGGCAUGUGAUUUGUGAUUAAAAUAUAAAUUAUCAGAGACAAUUUUGUAAAGACUUAUAUGACCAGUUGAGGAAGUUGUAAAUAGAAAUUGUAGACAAUCUUUACAUUUGUUAUCGAUUACAGAAAGAGCAACAUUAAAGAUAUUGUUUCUCUUUGGAUUCGGAUAUGAUUUCAGUCCAUUACCUUGCUUUC